GUAUUUGUGAGCGACAAUCUAGCGUUGAGUGUAGAAAAAAAUCGCCGUCGGAUUACCGUCGAAGGAAAACAGUCGAGUUAAACUGAAAUUAUAUUUACAAAACAGCAAUUCACAUCAAAAAAUGACAACUGCGAUCGACCCAGAACUGCGCACCAAAAUCGAUGCCGCUUACCGGAUGGAGGAGGAAUUCACCAAACUGUACAACGAAAAAGGAACCAAGAAGCGGCAUCAGAUGACCCGGCUCUACAUGGACAACGGUUUGCUGGUGUGGAACGGAAAUGGUGCCAACGGGAAGGACAACAUCCAGAAGUACUUCCAGGAACUGCCCCGCUUCGAAUACAUUAUGAACACCCUGACUAUAUAAUUGAAUCAUCGCAGGGCUGGUAGCGGAUCUGGUUUUAUAUUUUGAUUCGAGUUUUUAAAAAGUGCAAAAUCAAAUGCAAAUUCCUCGAGAAAAAGCCUCAAGAAUUAUCCUAGUGCUUGCUCCAGACAUUACAGCUUGAAUUCUUUCAAGGAUUUCAAGGAUCCCAGUAGGGAUCACCCCAGAAAUUCGAUCCAAUAUUAGACGGAUACUGAUG